CCGCCUCACAACGAAACGCAAUAUCGCCCUGCCCCUUCUUCUUCCUCGUCGACGCGCAGGCCCCAGGGAAAAAGAAAAACUUCUCCGUUGGAGGAAAGUCGCGUGCCGUCUCGCCCACAGGAAUUGUUUCAUCUUCGGUUGGUAGGAUUCUUCGGCUAUGGUUUGAUUUGCGCGUCCGCCUCCGUGUGCGACGUAAUCGUCGUGACCGGUGCAGGGAAGGUGAUUGGUCUUUUGGAUUCGAACAGCACAAAGGGGAGCAGGUGAUUCGAUGGAUAAUGAUCAAAACGAAUGCAUUGAGGCCUCUGCUGGCUACCACCGGCCGCCCUAUGAGACCCAUGCCUUGUCAUUGGAAGAUCCUCGAAGCCCGUUGGCAGCAAUGGCACAAGAGAGCUGGAAGGAGUCUGAGGAGACUGUCCAAACUCCUGAGGCACCAAUAUUGUGUGUAAACAACUGCGGCUUCUUCGGUAGCAGCAUGACGAACAACAUGUGCUCCAAGUGCUACAGGGACUUCAUUAAGGCCACGACAAUGGCUGCCCCUGUAGUGGAGAAGGUGUUCUCAGUGGCAUCAUCUUCCAGUGUGACCUUGGAGCAAGCAAAGGCAGAUGAAGUACCAGCCGUGGCUGUAGCUGAUGGCCAAGCAGCACAGGAGCCUCCAAAGCCGCCCAGCAACAGAUGUCUUUCAUGCCGCAAGAAGGUAGGCUUGACCGGUUUCCAGUGCCGGUGCGGGGGAACAUUCUGCUCCAUGCACCGCUACGCUGACUCCCACGAAUGCACUUUCGACUACAAGAAGGCUGGCCGGGAGCAGAUUGCCAAGCAGAACCCUGUUGUGAUAGCCGAGAAGAUCAACAAGAUAUGAUCGAUAAUCACACUGGGUUCAUUUGCUUGCUAUUCGUGGUGGUGCCGGAUUCGUCUUUACUUGAAUCAGUAGGUUUCUUCUGGUCUGGACUAGGUUGCUAGGGUCUCAAUUGUGUCUAUCCUUCUCCUUCAUGGUUCGCUUCUCUCCAUUAAGAAUGAAAUGAAAUAAUGUAAAUAUAUAAAAUUCUAUUGUUUUAGCUGUUCGUUUCUUAUAUUGCUUAUUGCUCCUUGCU